UUCGUAUUGGCGUUGUUCGUAUAGCUUUGUGCACACUGGCCUCGCAUAUAAGUAUACAUUCUUAUCAGUUUCGCCAAAAAUAAAACGCAGCACGCUUGCGAUGAAUUUUAUAAUUUUCGUGAAAAUCACAUAGAACGUUGUCGAAGUUUUUUAAGGAGCACCGAUAAAACACACACAGUCAAUACUAUCUCACAGUAGAAUAGAUCGAGAGUAUGAACUAAUAUGGCCUAUGACAGAAAGAAUAGGCGGGACGAAAUUAGCGCAAGCGCAAAACUGAUUCGUUCGAGGGUGCAUUUCUAAUUGUGUCUUAAAGUUUCAGUAACGUUUUAGCAUUGAGACUAGACAAACGACUCUGUCUUGUCGGUACUACAUGGAAAAUUUCACGAUUGACAAUUUCGAAAAGGACGUUGAUCUAAGUGUCUCUCUAAAUCGUUGGGUAUCUAAACCGAUUGGUACUUGGCCUUUUUCAUCAGAUGUCUCUAAAAACGAUCGAUUUGAGAUUUUUCUAAAAAAGAUUACAAUCGUGAUUUGCUAUAUGCUAUUAGGUUUCAUCUUGAUAUUUGGCGGAAUGUAUUUAGUUCUUGAGUUAGAAGACUUUUACAGUCACUUGAAACUUGGCAGCGCGCUCAGCUUUUUCUUGAUGGCUGCUAUAAAAUAUUUCGUUCUGAUAGUUCGCGAGAACGAUAUACGGAGAUGUAUAGGUUGCAUAGAGAUGGAUUGGAGGAACGUAAAAUAUCUCGAAGAUAAAAAGAUUAUGAUCGAGAAUGCAAAAUUUGGACGUAAACUCUUAAUUAUUUGUGGUGUCUUUAUGUAUGGUGGCGUUCUUUUUUAUUACGUAGCCUUACCAAUGACACGUCAAAAAGUUUUUGACGAAGAGAAAAACAUUACAUAUAGAUCUCUCGUAUAUCCUGUACCGAAGAUCGUCGCGGACACUCGUCUAAGCCCAAUCAAUGAGAUUUUCUACGUUCUUCAACUCUUUUCCGGUCUGGUCGCACACAACAUAACCGUAGCUACCUGCGGUCUCGCCGCACUUCUCGCGAUGCAUGCUUGCGGUCAACUUGAAAUACUUAUGUCCUGGCUUGAAUAUCUCGUCGACGGUCGAGAAGAUGUUUCGGACACGCUCGACAACAGAUUGGCUAAUAUCGUCGAACAGCAUAUGCGUGCUUUCAGUUUCAUUAAACGCACAGAAGAGAUAAUACGAGAAAUAUCCCUCGUUGAGUUAAUGGGAUGCACUUUGAACAUGUGUUGCCUCGGAUAUUAUUGUAUGGUGGAAUGGGAUAUUAGACGACCACUCGAUAGCUUUACUUAUUUAAUAUUACUUACAUCGGUCACAUUCAACAUCUUCAUAUUUUGUUACAUAGGCGAAGUUCUUGCCGAACAGACUGUGAAAGUUGGUGAAAGAUCUUACAUGAUAGAUUGGUACCGGAUACCGGAAAGAAAAAGUCUUGCCCUUGUGUUGAUAAUUAUGAUGUCUAAUUCGUCCACCAGAUUGACCGCUGGCAAUUUUAUUGAAUUAUCUAUAAGUAGUUUUUGUGACAUUGGGAACAUCUAUGACAAGCUGCACAUACUGAUGAAUUGGUUGGAAAGCUUGCUAGAUGCUCGGGAAGCUAGAUGUGCCCUAACGUGGCCGAAGGAAUAG